GGUUCACGGCUGCUGACGGAUCAUGUUUUGAAGUGGGCAAAAAUUGAAUGUGUUAUUUUUGUGAUGAGUGUUCGUGUUAUUUGUAAGAAUGCCAAUACAGGCGCCGCAGUGGACGGACUACCUCAACUGUCCGGUGUGCUGCCGCGAGUUCGGCGCGCCUCCCCGUAGCCCCAUCAGCCUCGGCUGCGGGCACACCCUGUGCAGGCAUUGCCUCAAGCACCUGCACAGGAAACAAUGCCCUUUCGACCAGACUGUGAUCCAGGUGGAAGCGGAGGAGUUGGUGGUAAACACGGCGCUGCUCCAACUAGCGGGGUACACGCCGCCAGCGCAGCCCUACCACCCGCCGUGCAUCCAAGCGCUGCCGGAGCACGACCGGCAGGCCUACGACGCGAUCGUGCGGUGCCUGGAGCACCUGGCCGUCUUCCUCAAGUACUGCGGGAAUGCGAACAGCACCGGUAGCAGCCGGCUGUCGCGGCCGAUGCAGCGCAAGCUGGUGACGUUGCUGCAAUGCGCGAUGACGGACGACGAGGGCCGAGGCCGGGCGGCGCGCGCUGCACGGUCUCUUGGCGAGAGGACCGUCACCGAGCUCAUACUACAGCACCAGAAUCCGCAACAGCUGAGCGCCAACUUGUGGGCGGCGGUGCGAGCGCGCGGCUGCCAGUUCCUCGGGCCCGCCAUGCAGGAGGAGGUCCUCAAACUGGUCCUCCUGGCCUUGGAAGACGGCUCCGCGUUGUCUAGAAAGGUUUUAGUGAUGUUUGUAGUCCAAAGAUUGGAGCCCCACUUCCCGCAGGCUUCCAAAACUAGUAUAGGGCACGUUGUGCAGUUGUUGUACAGAGCGUCUUGUUUUAAGGUAUCAAAACGUGAAUGCGAUUCGUCGCUAAUGCAAUUAAAAGAGGAAUUCAGAUCGUACGAGUCGUUGCGUAGAGAGCACGACGCGCAGAUAGUGCAGAUAGCGACGGAGGCCGGUCUGAGGAUCGCGCCUGACCAGUGGAGCGCCCUGCUGUAUGGCGACACAGCUCAUAAGAGCCACAUGCAAAGUAUUAUUGACAAGCUGCAAACGCCGCAGUCCUUCGCGCAGUCAGUCCAGGAGCUGUUCAUAGCGCUGCAGCGGACCGGGGACCCGGCGCAGCUGGUGCUCAUGAGCGGACACCUCGACCGGCUGGCCGGCAUCGACGCUAGUCCAGCGCUGCAGCGGACCGGGGACCCGGCGCAGCUGGUGCUCAUGAGCGGACACCUCGACCGGCUGGCCGGCAUCGACGCUAGUCCAGGUAACGUGAACCCUGCUACCUUGUCUUACGGCCGUAACAAGGCGCAGUCAGUCCAGCAGCUGGUCAUAGCGCUGCAGCGGACCGGGGACCCGGCGCAGCUGGUGCUCAUGAGCGGACACCUCGACCGGCUGGCCGGCAUCGACGCUAGUCCAGGUAACGUGAACCCUGCUACCUUGUCUUACGGCCGUAACAAGGCGCAGUCAGUCCAGCAGCUGGUCAUAGCGCUGCAGCGGACCGGGGACCCGGCGCAGCUGGUGCUCAUGAGCGGACACCUCGACCGGCUGGCCGGCAUCGACGCUAGUCCAGGUAACGUGAACCCUGCUACCUUGUCUUACGGCCGUAACAAGGCGCAGUCAGUCCAGCAGCUGGUCAUAGCGCUGCAGCGGACCGGGGACCCGGCGCAGCUGGUGCUCAUGAGCGGACACCUCGACCGGCUGGCCGGCAUCGACGCUAGUCCAGGUAACGUGAACCCUGCUACCUUGUCUUACGGCCGUAACAAGGCGCAGUCAGUCCAGCAGCUGGUCAUAGCGCUGCAGCGGACCGGGGACCCGGCGCAGCUGGUGCUCAUGAGCGGACACCUCGACCGGCUGGCCGGCAUCGACGCUAGUCCAGGUAACGUGAACCCUGCUACCUUGUCUUACGGCCGUAACAAGGCGCAGUCAGUCCAGGAGCUGUUCAUAGCGCUGCAGCGGACCGGGGACCCGGCGCAGCUGGUGCUCAUGAGCGGACACCUCGACCGGCUGGCCGGCAUCGACGCUAGUCCAGGUAACGUGAACCCUGCUACCUUGUCUUACGGCCGUAACAAGGCGCAGUCAGUCCAGCAGCUGGUCAUAGCGCUGCAGCGGACCGGGGACCCGGCGCAGCUGGUGCUCAUGAGCGGACACCUCGACCGGCUGGCCGGCAUCGACGCUAGUCCAGGUAACGUGAACCCUGCUACCUUGUCUUACGGCCGUAACAAGGCGCAGUCAGUCCAGCAGCUGGUCAUAGCGCUGCAGCGGACCGGGGACCCGGCGCAGCUGGUGCUCAUGAGCGGACACCUCGACCGGCUGGCCGGCAUCGACGCUAGUCCAGCGCUGCAGCGGACCGGGGACCCGGCGCAGCUGGUGCUCAUGAGCGGACACCUCGACCGGCUGGCCGGCAUCGACGCUAGUCCAGACGCCAGAAGCCCCUCGUGGCAGCAGCUGGCCGACAUAAUGACGUCACUCAAAGAGGUCGUGUCGGGCCUCAUCCACUACCUUCAGAAUGCAACGAGCCGCGACGCCAAUCACAACCCCCGGCCGGCCACGCAAGAGAGAUUGCCUGAACCGACGUCAAACGGGCUGCCGCCUCGUGAGCCCACGCCGUCAUCCACCCCCACUCACUCGUCCCGACACAUGCCAACCAUGUGUCGGGAGGCGGCACAGAGAUCCUUCUGCCCCCGAGGAAACGCUUGCACGUUCGCACACUCUGAGGAAGAAAUGAUAAGAUACAGAGGAAUUCCUAGCAAUCACGUCGCUGGCAACGGGAAUAUGCCCUUCAUGCCCGGCCCGCCGAUGCCCAUGAUUCCCGCCGGGAUCCCGAUCCCGCCGCCGCCGCUGUACUCGCGGUACCCGCCGCCACACCCACACCAUCGCGCCGAUUUCCAGAUUCCGCCGAUCGCCGCUCCGAUGGGACCCCCGCGCAUGAUGCAAGGCGCCGAAGCCCGCGCGCCGGAUAAUCCGCACGAGCCACGCAUGCCUCCACCGUACCACAUGAUGCCACAUCAGCGGAUGGCUGGCAUGAAGCCUAUGACCCGUUUUUACGGCCGGUACCCAAGCCCGCCACACGCCAGCAACCUUUCGCCCUACCCCGACUAUCGACCGGUACACCAGCCGUUCCCGCAGGCGGCGCCAGGCGGACUCUCGUACCAGUCGGAGGCGUGUGGGCCGCUGCCCAACAUCUAUAUUCCUCCACCGAGCAACAUCAGCCCUCAAAGGAAUUUGAGCCCGCAAUACAACUUUGACGACCUUUCGGUGGAUCUGCUUCCGGACUACCGCCCGGUGCAGUACGUGCCGCCGACGCCCCGCGACAUGCCCCGCGACAUGGCCCGCGAUUUGGGCCACGAUAUGGCCCGCGAUUUUGGCCACGACAUGGCCCGCGAUUUUGGCCACGACAUGGCUCGCGAUUUUGGCCACGACAUGGCUCGGGAUUUGGGCCACGACUUAGCCCGUGAUUUUGGCCACGAUAUGGCCCGGGAUCUGGGCCACGACUUGCGCGAUUUCGGCCACGACAUGGCCCGGGAUUUGGGCCACGAUAUGGCCCGCGACAUGGGCCGCGAUAUGGCCCGGGAUUUGGGUCACGACAUGGCUCGUGAUUUAGGCCAUGAUAUGUCUCGCGACAUGGCCCGCGAUUUGGGCCACGACAUGGCCCGUGAUUUAGGCCACGACAUGGCCCGCGAUUUGGGCCACGACAUGGGCCGCGAUUUGGGCCACGACAUGGGCCGCGAUUUGGGCCACGACAUGGCCCGCGAUUUGGGCCACGACAUGGGCCGCGAUUUGGGCCACGACAUGGCCCGCGAUUUGGGCCACGACAGGGCCCGCGACAUGGCCCGCGAUUUGGGCCACGACAUGGCCCGUGAUUUAGGCCAUGACAUGGCCCGUGAUUUGGGCCACGACAGGGCCCGCGACAUGGGCCGUGAUUUGGGCCAUGGCAUGGCCCGCGACAUGCCUCGCGAUUUACCCCGGGAUCUAGCGCUCGAAUUGCCUAAUCGCGAUCUGCCACGGGACCUGGCUCAUGGCGAUCUACCACGGGAGCUGCGCGAGCUGCCACGGGAGCUGUGCGAGCUGCCACGGGACCUGACCCGCGAGUUGCCCUUGGACCUGACCCGGGAGAUCCCUGCUCGUGACCUGACGCUCGACUUGGCCCGGGACCUGCCCCGCGAAGUCGGCUGCGACAUGACGCGCGCGCCGGAGUUGCCCCACGAGCUCGGAGCGCUCGCCGAGCCACAAGCGUGGGCUUCUGCUUCGGAUGUGUUCGGUUUCGAUGGGAUUCUAAACGCUCUGCCCGGCCCAUCUAAUGCCCCCGAGGAGGUUUUCAGUUUUGAAGCCCUGCGCAACCCUCCUCCUCCGCCUAACAACCCAGAUGAGGAGUUGGAGGAAGAGCUGCAGGCCCUCGAGCGCCGAAUCGAUACCGAGUUUAAGUCGGACUAGCAUACGAGCUACCGGUACACGCUGCUGCAGUGGUCGCGCCCAUACACUGACGUCACCACCUCGCCUGCGCUGGAGACGGUACAGCACUACAUGUGCGCCCCGAUGGUGGUCCACGGGGACCGCCUCUGCGUCUGUACCAUGACCCCCGCCAACCCUCCCCUGCCAAUCAGCUUCACCUAUGUCUAGGUGACCUAGUGACAGAACAAUACUUAAAACAGUUUUAAUCCGAACAGUAUUUAUGCAUGUUUCGCGUUUAUAUAUUAAUAU